CAUAAAAACUGGAAAUAUAAUAUGAAAUAUUGUUUAUCGGAAAUAAUCACAUGUCCUGUCCGUCGCUGUACAAUUUCUAAAUUUAAUUCUCAGAAAAGAAAACAAAGCAGAAAGCCGGAGGAAUGAUCUUGUCAAAAUGAUGUGAUAUUGAGAAAAUUUGAUUUCAAUCACAAUGGCUGAUAAAGUAAAUGGGGUGAAGGUCACAUUGGCAAUUAAGGAACAUCGGAUGCUGCAGAUAUCAAGAACAGAACAAUCAUUAGACAGUUUAAAAAACGAUAUCAGGAGAAAAUUUCCACUUCUUAACCAACCAAAUGUAUUUUUAAAAUUGUUCUGGAAAGAUGAAUAUGGUGACAAAAUUUCUAUGGCAACAAAUUCUGAUCUGAUUCAGGCUUUGAAUUUAACAGAUGGUAAACUACAACUAGAAAUAGAAGUUGACAACAUAGCUGAAAGGGAAUUAAGUCAAAAAGCAGCUGAGAAAACACAGGCAGAACUAGAAGCCCAAUACAGUGCAAGAUAUCCUCCUCUAGCUAGUCUAGUGGAGACCACAUCACGUAGUAUAUCCCACCAAGAUUCAGCAAGUAGUGGUGUACAUGAAUCAAUUCCCAGACAAACAAGUUCAGCAUCAGAACCUCCAAGGGAUCGGUCUGAUGUACUAGAUAUCCCAGUGGAUCACAAUACACUAUUACUUGACGGAUGGCCUUCAUCAGAGACAUAUUCUCUGAAUAUGAUAAAGAAAGGAAAGAAAUAUUUAGAUGAGAAUUUCCUGUCAAACAGGACAUAUGAUACAGACCCAGGAAAGCAGUGUAGAGUUUUGUGUAUACUAAACAAACAGAGUAGAGAUAAAGCUUUAUAUCAAGGAAAUGGUAUAGACGUUGAAUGUACAUGGCUUCAGCAGAUGAAAAAGCAGUUCAAAUGGGACUUACAGAUACAUAAAGAUAAAACAUCAGCUGAAAUCUGUGACAUACUGGAAAAUGAAAGGAAUCGUGAUUUUAGUGUAAAUCAUUCAUUAUUUGUGAUAAUUAUAUCGAGGGGUGAUCAGUAUGGUAUGUAUGGUACCAAUGGAGAGCGGAUUGAGUAUUGGGGCAUCACAACUAGGUUUGAUGAAGUCUCAGAUCUAAAGGGAAAACCAAAGAUAUUUAUACUAGAUGACUGUGAAAUUGGAAGUGAUAUCCAUGAUGAAGUAUAUUCAAGAGGGGUGCAAGAAGAAACACCAACAAAUCCUAAACAACUGAUAAGGACAGUGAGUGGUAGAGAGGUCCUGGCAGAUCAGAGAGAUUCUGUAGCUCUCCCAAACAAGAAACUAGAUACAUAUAUCUGUAAAGCUUCAACACUGGGAAGAAAUGAUUCAGUAGUGAAGGGAUCGUGGGUCAUUGGUGCCCUGAUGUCUGUGAUGUGUAAGGCUGCCAACAACAUGACAUUCAAACAGAUGAUGAUACAGGUACAGUUGAUGAUACAAGAUGCAAUUAUCCCUGAUGGCAAGCCAGACCCUGAUAUGAUAAUAACAGAUGAUCUAACAAAAGACUUCUAUCUGCUUCCACCACCUUGUUAAAUGUUCCAUUUUGUCUGGUAAAGUGUUGAAAGAUGUUUCAUGUGAAAAACUUCUACGAUGUAUUAUAGACAUGCAUAAACUUAUGAAAUGUUAUAUCUGUGAUCAUUUUAAACUCAGGCUAGUUUAUAGCUAAUCAUUUGAAACAGUCCUAUAUUAUUCAGACUAGUUCAAAAUUAAUCAUGAUUUGAAAUAGUCCCGUAUUAUUCAGACUAGUUUAAAACUAAUCAUGAUUUGAAACAGUCCUAUAUUAUUCAGACUAGUUUAAAACUAAUCAUGAUUUGAAACAGUCCUAUAUUAUUCACACUAGUUCAAAAUUAAUCAUGAUUUGAAACAGUCCUUGAUUAUCCAGACUAGUUCAAAACUAAUUAUAUUAUCCUCUUGUUGUAUAGAGACUAUUCUGAAGCUUAUCAUGAUGCGAAGAAGUCUUAUAAUUCAAUUUAGUUUACAUUGUAAGGAUUAAGUUGUUAUUACUCAAUUCAGUAUUUCCAAAAUUACCCAAAUAGUCCAUUUUUUAUUGGUUUUUCUUGCUGAUUUUAACAAAUCUUUUGAAAAUGGUGUAGCAUAAUGAAGAAUUACAGGUAUAUUUUGUCUUCUGUUCAAGUGGACAUACUUUUUUGGAAAUUAUGACCCAUGCACUAAUUUCAUGAUAGUUAAUUUACCAAAAUGUUUUGUCUUGUUUAGAAUUAUUGGCCUAAUUUUUAUUUUAAGUAAAGUUGCAUAAUAAUAUCAUUUUUAGCUCACCUGACCUGAAAGGUCAAGUGAGCUUUUCUCAUCACUUUGCGUCCGUCCUCCGUCGUCCUGCGUCCGUCGUCCUGCGUCCGUCGUCCUGCGUCCGUCGUCCGUCGUCCGUAAACUUUUACAAAAAUCUUCUCCUCUGAAACUACUGGGCCAAAUUUAACCAAACUUGGCCACAAUCAUCAUUGGGGUAUCUAGUUUUGAAAAUGUGUGGCGUGACCCGGUCAACCAACCAAGAUGGCCGCCACGGCUUAAAAUAGAACAUAGGGGUAAAAUGCAGUUUUUAGCUUAUAACUCAAAAACCAAAGCAUUUAGAGCAAAUCUGACAUGGGGUAAAAUUGUUCAUCAGGUCAAGAUCUAUCUGCCCUGAAAUUUUCAGAUGAAUCGGACAACCCGUUAUUGGGUUGCUGCCCCUGAAUUGGUAAUUUUAAGGAAAUUUUGCUGUUUUUGGUUAUUAUCUUGAAUAUUAUUAUAGAUAGAGAUAAACUGUAAACAGCAAUAAUGUUCAGCAAAGUAAGAUUUACAAAUAAGUCAAUAUAACCGAAAUGGUCAGUUGACCCCUUUAGGAGUAAUUGCCCUUUAUAGUCAAUUUUUAACCAUUUUUCGUAAAUCUUAGUAAUCUUUUACAAAAAUCUUCUCCUCUGAAACUCCGUGGCCAAAUUAAACCAAACUUGGCCACAAUCAUCAUUUGGUUAUCUAGUUUUAAAAAUGUGUGGCGUGACCUGGUCAACCAACCAGGAUGGCCGCCACGGCUAAAAAUAGAACAUAGGGGUAAAAUUCAGUUUUUGGCUUUUAACUCAAAAACCAAAGCAUUUAAAGCAAAUCUGACAUGAAGUAAAAUUGUUUAUCAGGUCAAGAUCUAUCUGCCCUGAAAUUUUCAGAUGAAUCGGACAACCCGUUAUUGGGUUGCUGCCCCUGAAUUGGUAAUUUUAAGGAAAUUUUGCUGUUUUUGGUUAUUAUCUUGAAUAUUAUUAUAGAUAGAGAUAAACUGUAAACAGCAAUAAUGUUCAGCAAAGUAAGAUUUACAAAUAAGUCAAUAUAACCGAAAUGGUCAGUUGACCCCUUUAGGAGUAAUUGCCCUUUAUAGUCAAUUUUUAACCAUUUUUCGUAAAUCUUAGUAAUCUUUUACAAAAAUCUUCUCCUCUGAAACAACUGGGCCAAAUUAAACCAAACUUGGCCACAAUCAUCAUUUGGUUAUCUAGUUUUGAAAAUGUGUGGCGUGACCUGGUCAACCAACCAAGAUGGCCGCCACGGCUAAAAAUAGAACAUAGGGGUAAAAUUCAGUUUUUGGCUUUUAACUCAAAAACCAAAGCAUUUAAAGCAAAUCUGACAUGAAGUAAAAUUGUUUAUCAGGUCAAGAUCUAUCUGCCCUGAAAUUUUCAGAUGAAUCUGACAACCCGUUGUUGGGUUGCUGCCCCUGAAUUGGUCAUUUUAAGGUGAUUUUGCUGUUUUUGGUUAUUAUCUUGAAUAUUAUUAUAGAUAGAGAUAAACUGUAAAAAACAAUAAAUGUCGGCAAAGUAAGAUCUACAAAUAAGUCAACAUGACCGAAAUUGUCAGUUGACCCCUUUAGGAGUUAUUGCCCUUUAUAGUCAAUUUUUAACCAUUUUUUCGUAAAUCUUAGUAAUCUUUUACAAAAAUCUUCUCCUCUGAAACUACUGGGCCAAGUUAAUUAUAGAUAGAGAUAAUUGUAAGCAGGAAAAAUGUUCAGUAAAUUAAGAUGUACAAACACAUCACCAUCACCAAAACACAAUUUUGUCAUGAAUCCAUCUGCGUCCUUUGUUUAAUAUUCACAUAGACCAAGGUGAGCGACACAGGCUCUUUAGAGCCUCUAGUUUUUUAUCCUGAUGACUUUUCUUCUGAUGUAAGUUUUAUCUUGUUUGCAGAUAGUGCUGUGAUUUUUGCAAAUCAAUCAAUUAACUUUUUCUCCAGUGCGCUUAUAUUUGACAGAAUCAAUGGUUUCUUUUAGACCGAGAAAUUAAUUCUUGUCAAUUUUGUUUUGUGGAAGUAGAUAUUGAGCAGGCUUUUUAUAAGUAAUUGUCUAAUGAGGAGCUGCAUGUUUUUAGCUGAUUGAAGGUUUUUAAUGCCAACAUUUCACAUCAUGUUGUUGGGAGCUUUCAUGUGAAUACUAACACAUCCAUUCAAAGUAUAUUACUUAUAUAUCAAUUUUGUUACAAUAUUUCAUUAAUCUACAUGUAUAUGGUCUUAUCAUAAUUUGCUGCUUCCAUUAUUAACAAAUACAUAUCCAUUUAUCACUUAAUUAUGUUAGAUUAAGCAAAUCAAAACUAUGCCAAAUAAUUUACAAUAUAUGUAUUUGUUCCAGAACAAAUCUACCUUAUAGUAUAUUGUAUAAGGUUGAUUGAUAGAUUGAUAGUUGCAGAAAGUCAAAUUAUAGCAAAAAAGAUUGUGCUAUAAUUUUGUGAAUUUUAGCUGACGAAAUGUGCCAAAUAUAUAUUGUAAAAUCUAUUUUGUGUAUGGAUUAGACAAAUGAGCACAUGAUCACUUUUAAUUUAUACCCAAAUGACAUAUUUGACUAAAAAGGAGUUCCAUUUUUAAGUAAUAUUUACAGCAUGAUAUAUGCCUUCUGCUGUGUGCACACAAUAAGAUUAUUAGCAAAGUGAAAAAGCAGUCAAUAAAUGGGGAAAAAAAACAUAUCUUGGUUUUUAAACACUAGAAACGUAUUUUUUAAUAUUCCUAAACAGACUUUCUGUUUGAUAAACAAUAUUAAAGAAAGAGUGUGAAUUUUUUACAGUGACUUGUACUUAACCAGUACAUAUAUGCAUCAAUUAAUUAGUCAGUAACAGCUUCUGAACUUACGUUUGUAUUAAAAUGUACAUUUAAACAUGUGUUUGUGUUAAUAUGUACAUUUUAACAUGUGUUUGUGUUAACAUGUGUAUGUAUGUACAUCCAGAUUAUAAAACAUUGAAUUUGAUUUUAAAGAGUGCUAUUAUUUAUGUUUAAAGUGAUUUAAUAUUUUUAAUGUAAUGAAAGCAAUGAAUACAUCUUGAUUUUAUUGCACAAAUUUGUCUAAGAUUUUAUGUAUGUAUGGCUCAAGCCUUUGAUUAACAGAGCUAACAAAGAGAAAAUCAACAUUUCCUUAACCUUUUUGUAUAUAUGUAGUUGUAUAGGGUGAACCCACACCUGGAGUGGUGAUUGUGUGGUAGGGUAAUAAACAAGUAGAUACCUAUAGGUAUUCACAAUUGUCUUUGAAAAAGUAAGAAAUUAUAGACAUUAAAGACAAAAACACUUGUUAAUUACCACAAAGUAAUUUAUAAGUGGUGUUGUCUUUAAUGUCGAUAAUUUAUGUAUAUAGAAAGGUUUUAACAACAUUUGUAUGUAAAAAAGAAAGGUAGAAAUUAUUUUUAUCUCUGUAAAAUUGUAUAAAUAUUAUACUAUGUAUAUUAAACAUGUACUAUGCUAAUUAAAUCAAUUUCCAAAAUAACUUGACGCUGAUGUGAAAUGUGUUUUUCAUGUUUUCAAUACAUAAAAAGAGAGAUUCAUUCUGAAAUUGCCAAUCUCAUCUUAAAAUUUUUAGAUUUUUAAUUCUCUUCAUGGAAUCACAACUAGGCUUUCUAAAUCUGUAAUUUGAACUUAUUGUCGAUGCAUAAUUUUAUUGCUUUCAAUAUACUCUUUUUAUUUAAAUUACAACAUAAACCAUUCAAAUGUUGACCAAUUUUAAUUGCAAGAGAUCAGUUGAACUUUGAUUCUACCAAGACAUAUUCUAAACAUGUGUUAGAUAUUGAAAUCGCAAGUGUUUGAUUGUACUUCUGGUAAAUCUAUCGAAUCAAUAUCACAAUGUAAUGUUCUAGUGGAACUCUGGUGAAUCUAUUUAAGGCAAUAUCACCCAAAUGAAGCAGUUUCAUCUGAGACUGAACUUAAUUAAUUUUAGAACUGAAUUUUUGUCAUUUGGAAUUGAAAAAUAGCAGAAUACAAUCUGUCUAGAUCUUUAUUGAAAUAUGCAUUUUUUUUUAGGUAGGAAUGUAAUUCAUUUGUAAGACUAUUAAUUACAAUGAAGAAAAAUAUAGUUUUAUCUUAUUAUUUCUACUGUUAAUGGUUUUGUUUGAUUUAAUUUUUUUUCGACUUUGUCAUAUAAGGGGAGAUAACUCAGAUAACAUUAUUUUUAUUAAGGAAUGUGUAGUUAAUCUACCUCUCUUGUUUUAUAGCAAGAAAACAAGUCACAUGACCCUAAGUUUUAAUUUUAUUUUCUGAAAGCACAUUAUAAGAGCUAUCCUCUCAUAUUCUAUCUUAAAAUUCUGUGGACCAUUUUCUUUUUAUCACACAAAAUUGGUUUUUCCUUGUAUAAUAUUAACAAAAUCUGACAAAUUUGCACAACUUGGAAAAAAAGCUCUGUGACCCAUACUUUUUAUUAUAUUUUUGAAAAUAGCAUGAUAUAAACUACAUUUUGGAAAAUUAUUUAAAAAUUCUGUCUAUUUUAAUUUAAAACUGCCAUCUACCUUAUUAAGGUGAAAUUUUAAGACAUAAUUUCUAUAAGGAUUAAACAAUCUACUGUAAUAAGACUAUAGGUACUACCAUAAAACCAAUUGUGUCUUCAUGUGUUGAGCAAAUAAUGAUUUAGUUGAUAUAAACUGUAAAUUGGAAUAGUUUGGCUCUUGUCAUAUUUUAACUUAUUUGGUGCCUUAGAUAAAAGUACAUUUUUUACCAAAAUUUAAGACAGAAGUAUUAACAUUUACCAAAAAGAUAACUGCAUGAUUUUUAAUAGUCGUAUGUAAAACUCUUUGUCAAAACAUGAAAUGUCUGAACAGUUAAUGAUCCUUCUUACUUGGUCAUAUGAUGAAUCACUAGUUUACCUAUUUUAAUUACUAGUUGUCCAAAACUAAUUGAACUAUGAAUUUUAUUAUGACAUAAAUAAAAAAUGGUCUUGGCACAAAGUGCCAACAUUUGACACUUCUCAAUUAUCAACAGUAGCCACUUCUUUAGAGGUAAAAACUGCCAAAAUAUCUCAAUUUACAAACUAAACAGAAAACUGUUUAAUAUUUGUUGUUUUGAAUUGUAUUUCAAAAUUUUUUAUACAAAAUUGUGAUAUUGUUAAAUAUCUUCAUUCAAACGAUACCAGUGCUUUAUUUGUAAUCUAUUGUAGGUAAUAAUUGUUUAUGAUUAAAAAUAUAAUGAAUGAUAAAUA